CAGGGGCCCCUUCGAAGGGUGCCAAGGCUUGGGAGGGGUGCGGCGCCUAGGCCGGACGAGUGGGCGGGGGCGGCGCCGGGAUCGCUUUCGAGGAUAAAGGAAGGAAGCGAGGCAAAAGGGAGGCGCUGCUGCUGUGGCGGCCAGCAACGGGUCUCCUUUGGGCAGCCGGCUGCUGCCCAGUCGUGGACAACCCCCCCCACCCCCACCCCCACCCCGGGCAUCUUGGGAGGAGUGGGAGGCGGUCUGGCGUUCCCUGGGUCGGUGGUUCUCCUCUUCCGCCCAGUCGUCCCCGGUUCCUCGACCAGGUCACUUCGGAAGUGAGGUGAUAGGGACGGGGCUUGGAUUUGCUUGAGAUGGAGCUUUCGGGCUUUCGACUUCGGAGCUUCCUCGCCGUCUCUUGUCCUUUUGCUGAUGUCUGGUUUCCCUGCUCGUCGUUACCCACCAUAGUUGGCUUUGGGCAUAACACUGAACACUUUAAAGCUGCUGUUGAUGGCAAGAUCCACAGUCUGGGGACUGGAGGUUCAAACACAUAAAGAGCGGAACUGGGUAUGUCUAGUCUGAUGAAGAGAAGGACUAGGGGAGACGCGAUAGCAGUGUUCCAAUAUCUCAGGGGUUGCCACAAAGAAGAGGGAGUCAAGCUAUUCCCCAAAGCACCUGAGGGCAGGACAAGAAGCAAUGGGUGGAAACUAAUCAAGAAGAGAAGCAACUUAGAACUAAGGAGAAAUUUCCUGACAGUUAGAACAAUUAAUCAGUGGAACAACUUGCCUCCAGAAGUUGUGAAUGCUCCCAAUAUUGGAAAUUUUAAAGAAGAUAUUGGAUAAACAUUUGUCUGAAGUGGUGUACGGUUUCCUGCCUGAGCAGGGGGUUGGACUAGAAGACCUCCAAGGUUCCCUCCAACUCUUGUCAUUCUGUUCUGUUCUGUUCUGUCUGUAUGAAGAGACUGGGAUUCCUUUUCCCUAGUCACAGUUUGGCCCACUGAAAAUUAGAAGGUUUGAAGGAAGUAGAGCCAUCCCUUCUCAUGAAGAGUUUAAUAAAGUACAGAAAAUCUGGAAGUGCUAAGCCAGAAACCAGAGGUGUGAACAUUGGAAAGGAAAGACUAUCAGAACAAUACUUUUUUAAAAAAGAUGUGCUGGCAAAAAUAAUUUUUACUAGUGGCCCUUGAUAAAUCUAGUGCCUUAAGAAAAAAGAUGGGGUUUGGAAAUGACCUGAAGUAUUCUCAUGAAGCUUUGUUAAAACUGCAAGAUUGGGAGUUACGGCUAUUGGAAACAGUGAAGAAAUUUAUGGCCAUGAGAAUAAAAAGUGACAAAGAAUACGCAUCCACUUUACAGAACCUUUGCAAUCAAGUUGAUAAAGAGAGUACGUCACAAUUGGAUUAUGUCAGUAGUGUAGCAAAGUCAUGGUUGCUUAUUGUGCAACAAACAGAGCAACUUAGCAAGAUCAUGAAGACACAUGCAGAAGACUUGAAUGCUGGGCCAUUACAUAGACUUACUGUGAUGAUUAAAGACAAACAGCAGAUAAAGAAAAGCUAUGUAGGUGUUCACCAGCAAAUUGAGGCAGAGAUGUUCAAGGUUACAAAAACUGAAUUGGAAAAAUUAAAAUCUAGUUAUAGACAAUUAAUUAAAGAAGUAAACUCUGCCAAAGAAAAAUACAAGGAAGCAUUAUCUAAAGGCAAGGAAACUGAAAAAGCCAAAGAUCGUUAUGAUAAAGCCACAAUGAAACUCCACAUGUUGCACAAUCAAUACGUGUUGGCAUUGAAAGGAGCACAGUUACAUCAGCACCAGUAUUAUGAUGCUACACUUCCUUUGUUCCUUGACUCUUUACAGAAGAUGCAAGAAGAAAUGAUUAAAGGACUGAAAGGAAUCUUAGAAGAGUACAGUCAGAUCACCAGCCUUGUGACAGAAGAACUAGUGAAUGUUCAUAAAGAGAUACAGAUAUCUGUUGAACAAUUAGACCCUGGUUCAGAGUACAGUAGUUUCCUAGAAAUUCACAGGACAUCAGAUAUUGAACAACAAGAAAUAGAAUUUGAUACAUCAUUAUUAGAAGAAAAUGAAAAUCUUCAAGCUAAUGAGAUUAUGUGGAAUAAUUUGACAGCUGACGGUUUACAAGCUAUGUUGAAAACUGUAGUAGAAGAACUGAUUCAGACACAGCAGACACUUCUAAAUAAGGAGGAAUUAGUUCUGGAAUUAGAAAAGAAGAUUGAAGAGUCUUCUAAGGUCUAUGAAAGAAAAUCUGACAUUGUGCUUCUGCUAAGCCAGAAGCAAGCCCUUGAAGAAUUAAAGCAAACUGUUCAGCAGCUGAAAUGCACUGAAGUCAAAUUUGCAGCUCAGAAGGAACUUCUUCAACAAAAAGUGCAAGAAAAUGAUGGAAAAGAGCCCCCACCUGUUGUAAAUUAUGAGGAGGAUGCCAGAUCAGUCUCUUCCAUGGAUAAAAAAGAUAAAGUGUCCAGGUUUGAUACUAUUCGGCAUUCCAUUGCUGGUAUGAUAAGAUCACCAAAGUCUAUGUUAGGCUCUUCAUCGGUAAGUGGGCAGUUUUUUGAUGUAAUAUCAGCGAGUGAAAAACCCCUGGCAGAACAAGAUUGGUAUCAUGGGGCAAUUCCAAGAAUAGAAGCUCAAGAGCUAUUAAAACAGCAAGGGGACUUUUUGGUGCGAGAGAGCCAUGGGAAGCCUGGUGAAUAUGUCCUUUCUGUGUUUUCUGAUGGGCAACGGAGACAUUUUAUCAUUCAGUAUGCUGAUAAUCAAUACAGAUUUGAAGGAACAGGAUUUUCAACGAUUCCUCAGCUUAUAGAAUAUCAUUAUACAACAAAACAUGUGAUUACAAAGAAAUCAGGCGUUAUUCUUCUGAAUCCUGUUGUUAAGGAUAAAAAAUGGAUUCUCAAUCAUGAAGACGUCAUUCUGGGAGAACUACUUGGCAAAGGUAACUUUGGUGAAGUCUAUAAAGGAACAUUAAAAGAUAAAACACCUGUUGCUGUAAAAACGUGUAAAGAAGAUCUUCCUCAGGAACUGAAAAUAAAGUUUUUAUCAGAGGCCAGAAUACUCAAACAAUAUGACCAUCCCAAUAUUGUAAAACUUAUAGGAGUAUGCACUCAAAGGCAGCCUAUUUAUAUUGUGAUGGAGCUUGUUCCAGGAGGUGAUUUCCUUUCCUUUUUAAGAAAGAAAAAGGAUGAGCUAAAAACCAAACAGUUGGUGAAAUUCUCAUUAGAUGUUGCUGCUGGGAUGGCGUAUCUUGAAUCCAAAAACUGUAUACACAGGGACCUUGCUGCAAGAAACUGUCUAGUAGGUGAAAAUAAUGUUCUGAAAAUUAGUGACUUUGGGAUGUCUCGUCAAGAAGAUGACGGAGUAUAUUCAUCUUCAGGAUUAAAGCAAAUUCCAAUUAAAUGGACUGCCCCAGAGGCCUUGAACUAUGGACGGUACACUUCUGAGAGCGAUAUAUGGAGCUAUGGAAUUUUCCUCUGGGAGACCUUCAGUUUAGGCGUAUGCCCAUAUCCAGGCAUGACUAAUCAGCAAGCACGGGAACAAGUAGAGAAAGGCUAUCGAAUGUCAGCACCUCAGAAGUGUCCAGAGGAUAUCUAUAAAAUAAUGCAACGGUGUUGGGAUUACAAUCCUGAAAUGAGACCAAAAUUCAGCGAGAUUCACAAAGAGCUGUCUGCACUGAAAAAGAAGGUGACAUCAUGAGAAAUUAGCAGGACUCAAACGACAGGACUUUCUUUUUUGUAGAAAAGUAUUAUUUUUCCUGUCACAAAUCCGACACAUUUAUAUCAUAUUUCUUCUGAUAUUCUUCUUGGAUUCCUUUUUUUUAAAUAAUAAAAAAAAACUACUCUAUUCAAAUGUGCCCAACCUGAAGAAUGUCAAAAUGUCUAUGUUAAAAACAGAGUGUUCUGCUAAGUGCUUUAUAUGCUGUCAUUUAGGUUUUGUGUAAAUAGACAAACAUGUAAUAUAUGUGUAGAGUUAGGAAAUUCUGGCUCAUUUAGAUAUUUCUGUGAUAAAUCCCAAAGAAUAUUUUGGGACCUUUGUUUCUCCUUUUCAAUCCAUGCACUUGCAACAGUCUUAGUGUAAGCCCAGUGGUUCAUGAAUCAUUCCCAUGAAUUUUAAAGCUACAGGUACAGUUUUCAAUAUAUCUUUUAAGGAAAGGAACACACACAUGCAAAAUCACCAGUUGAUGCAAUAUUGAAUAUGUGUUUAUUCAAGAACAUUAUGUAAGGAUAUGCUUAUAGAAUGCGGAGUUUGGGCACAUGUUUUUUAAAGACAUUUCAAUAUAGUAAUUGUUUCUAAUAUUGGAUAUUAUUUAUUUGCAUCUUUAAAUGAGAAAAAAAAAGAGGCACAAUUUGCCAGAAACUGGCAAGCACAAAUCAAUUAAUAGUGUAUUUUUUUUUUAUUUUCAGGAAAAUAUAUAUAUAUAUAUAUUCAAAAGUGAGGGUUACAUGUAAAGCAACUACUGGGAAGUGCUGUCUUUCAGAAGAAUGGAAUAUAGAAAUAGACAUUUUAAAUGUUCGCAUUCAGUAGUGCAGUCAACAACAUAUUUGCAAAUGAAAGCAGCAUAUGAUUGAGAUAACCAGUAGCAUCAAUUUUAUAUCAGAAAAGCAAAGUGAAUUACCUGAUUGAAAACUUUGUGAAUUGAUGUUUCCAUUCUGUAUGUCCCUGCAGGAAGGAAUACACACACAUUCAUACUGUAUCCACUAUUAGUUUCUCAGCUGUUUUUUCAAAAAAGGGCCUGAGAAGAAUAUGGUAGUAAAAAAUUACUAUCUUUGAAAAAAGUAGUUUGCCCUCUAAAACUACAAUCUUGAACAGAAUACAAUUCCAUUUUUCCAGUUAAGCUCAGUAUCUCCACCCUUUAUUAAAUUGAUAUUUGGAUGCUCUGAGACUUACCAAUCAAUAAUCAGCAAAAUUAAUGACUGGAUUUUCCCUGAGAUUCCCAAGGAGAAUCACUUUUUUUUCCCCAGUUAUUGGUUUCAUCCUGAUUUCCUGAAUCCUUAGCUGGUCAGUUCUGUUGCAGAGCGUUUCAGAUUAUACCUCAGAAGCAGCCAAAUGCUAGUCAUGUUGUAUCAGGAAGUCAGGCGCUUCCAGAUGAAGCAAUGUGAUGUUUUGCUCCUUGAAAUAGGGGUGAACCAAAAUGUUGGUGAAGUUUGUGAUUGCAAAACAUCUCUGUUUUGCUUAUCAUUCUGGAAGAGCACUUUUGGUCUUUUGUGCAUGUGUCUUGUGGUAGUACAGAGUGGUGAUGUUGAACAAGAUGUAUUCUACUUUUAGACUAGAACAAUUGAUGUCAUUUAUGUGAUACAAAUUAAUAUCAGAAUAAAACAGUAAAGCAUUAUAUUGGAGGAAAACAUUCUUCAUUGUAGAUGAGCUUGUUGGUAACAUAAUGCAAGGGACAUCAGGUGAGUGUUGCCUUAUAUACAAAGAUUGUUUUAUAGUUCAUAAUCCAGUAAAGAGGUAAAAGAAAUGAGAAAUAAAUGUAAUAUUGCAGUUUCUAGGUAUAGUAAUGGGCAUACAUGGAUCAUAAAAUGAAUAUUCAGCAAAAGUAGGAAAAUCGAUUAUUGUGAUCCUAAAGGGAUCCAACUAGUGUGCCUUUAAUCAUUGGCAUUCCUUUAUUAAUUGAAAUGCACAAGGACUGAAACCUAACACCAUAAGGGGAAAAACACCACAAAUUGCCCAGUUGCACAUUUUCGUCUAUGCAUUCACUAAUGUGUAAAUGUCAGGACAGAAUGUAAAGAAUGUAUUUCCUUGUAUUCAUGAUGUUUUUAAUUUUUCUUUUAAGGGUUACUAUUUUUAUAUAGGAGAGAUUGUUCCAUUUCUUAAAGUCUUCUGAAUGUAUUCUGUCUUGGACUAUGGAAAAAGACAGCACUUUGUCUUAAAUUGAUUAGAAGGACACCUUGUCCUCAUCUUCUUGUAUAAAUGUAAAGGAUAACUGCUAUUUAUAUUUCAUUUAUGUAAGCAGUUAAAAUUUGCAAUUCAUGUCAGACUGCUGCUCAAAUUUGAAAACAUUUCUGAACAUAAUACCAGAACAUUGGGCAUUGGUUUUGCCUGCUUCCUGUCCUAAAAUCAGAGGUCACCUAAAAUCAGAAAUUAGAAUGUAGUCAGGGUUCAUUCCUAGAAAGUAAGUUUAGCUAAUUAAUAUUAUAUUUUUCACACAUUCUUACAAUCUACUCUCUUAGUUUGUAACGUAAUUUGUAAAACCAAUUUUACCUACCAUAUAAAACUAUUUAAAUUAUGUUGUAAACCUAUAUCCAUACCAAAUGCAUAUAGUCAUUUCCUUUCUUAAUGGAGUAAGUGAAAGUUUUCUGCAUAAUUAGAAAAUCUGUUGUUCCAGGAUUAAUGUAGUUCUUAUAAAAAAAUAAAGUUAGAAUCCCUCUACUAUUGCUGGUAAUAUGUAGUACUGAAUAAGCAUUUUUGUUGCUUCUUAACAAUAAAUAUUAGCAAAAUUUGAAAAUGCAAGAAACUAAUAAUUUGUGAACAAAUUAACAUUUUACAACUAAAAGCCAAAACUUUUGAAGAUGUCACAUAAAAAAUAAUUUGAAAUUGAUUUGCACUCUAUACCCUGCUUCAUUAUAAAAAUUACAUUUUUUUUAAUAAAUUAGCCACAUAGCGUAAGACUCUUGCCAAAAGCAUAUUAUUCUGAAAUACAAGAUCCAUAUACCUUAUAUAUAAAAUAACAAGGUAAGAAAGCAUUAAAGGCCCUCAUUCAUUCAAGAUUGUUUAGUAACUUUCCAUUUUUGAAAUAUUUAUGGACUAUGGGGUGUAUUUUUAUUUAUGGAUGAAGGUACUUAUAUUUAACAAGUGCCACAUUUUUUGCUAUUUUUAAAUGUUGACGCAGAUACUAUAACAAGGUUGAAAACAGCAAUUUUAUGAAGCUUGUUUGGUUAGAAAUGUUCAGUUAGUUUGUUAAGUGGAGGAAGUGGAGCUUUUCCUCCUUAAUUACUUGCAGUGAGAUACCUGCUUUUAGCUUUUGCAGGUUGCCAGGAUAGGAGGAACCCAUUCUGAACUGAGUCCGUGAUCGUGAGGAUUUUUUCCCAUCAAAAUUUCCUUCUGCUUCCAAAACCCCUUAUUUCCCAGCCACUGAGCAAGCCUGCUCAACAAGAAACUAAGGGAGUAGGUUGUAUUCUUUUUCAUCCUGUGCCAUAUUCUCAGUCAGAAUUGAAAGGAGUCUUAAGAAAGAAGCACUGCUAACUCUAAAAUUCUAUUUUAAACAUUAGUGUAAUGUUUUAAAAAAUGAAUAAGGAGUAGGUCUUGGUCAUACAAUAUUUUUGUAUGUCUUGAAUAACAAAAACAGAUGCUAUUGCAACACUAAUCUCUCUUUCAUCAGUCAAAAUAGAUUAAAUAAUAUAAGAUAAUUUAGUCUGUUCUAUAAUUUUAUGUUAAUAUCCUUAACAGAAGAAAUAGUCCUGAUCCAAGAAGGCCCAAGGACUUCCGGGGGGGGGGGGAUCAUACAACUGGCUAUUUCUUUAAAAAUUUUCGACUUUAGUUCUAUAAAGUAAUUGUUAUGAGCAUUGUAGGUCUUGUGGAACUCAUAAAUUUUUAUUGAGUUCUAACAGAUUUUGUUUUAUGCAAUUUAAGAAAGAACUUUUACUUGUUUGUAGCUUUUUCUCCUCUUAGUUGUUAAAACAUUAGAUCUUGAAACUGAAUAAUGUGCAAAAACUGUGCUUAGAAAAGUUGAAUUCCCUCUUUUAUUUUUGACAACAUUUUAGUAUUUAUAAGAAAAACAGAAUAUUUUUUUCUGGCAAGAGGGAAGCUAUAAAAAGAAGGAUGAUAAAAUAAGGGAGAUCUAUAGCCUUUAAACAAGUUUUGUUUUGUGCAAUUUACUGUGGAGCAAUUGAACGGUGCAAACAUGUUAUUGUUCAGCCUAUUGCACCACAAACUUAACAACCUUGAAUUAAAGUAUUGAGCACAGGCAUAUACAUAUUCCAAUUUUGAGAUAAGAAUUAAUACAUAUAAAAAUUAGUUGCUAAUUUUUAGUGGUCACAGAUGUGCUAGACCUAUUAAAAGUAGCUAAAGUCAGAAAUGAGGCAAAACACAGUCUUUGCAGAAAAGAUCAGCUCCAACUAAAUCUAAUAUAUCAUUUGAUAAAAGGUAGAUAAACUAUGUAAGAUGAUAAGACAAAAGUCACAAUCCUCCUUGGAAAGCCAGUCACAGAAGCACUGCUUUAGAAUUACUAGCUUGGCUAAACCUUUGGUGGGAUUUCAUUUCUGAUUGAAAAAGUACAUGUCAUUUCAUGUAAGUAGGCCCAUCAUUAACACUUAAGGAAAAAGAGGGGAUAUUCUAAAUGCCUUAAUAAGGGAAACUAAGGUUGACUGUGUUUGAGAAAAAUAACUCUAAAUCAAGGAAAGGAGGUCAGUGCUACAGUUAUUUAUUGAUACAGGAAAGAACAGACAGAACAGGUUAUUGUUCUCAAAGUAUAAAGGAAUAACAGAAGACAUUAUUCUUUGUAAUAAAUGUAUUCAGAAAGGUGUAAUGUGGAAAGAAAAAUACGACUUGUAGACAAACAGAACAGUAAGAAUGAUGAAAAUGUGCAUAGAAAACAUAACCCAACCUUUAGGUUACACUUAUUUUUAAUUUUAUGUUUAAAUCUGUCAUGGCUAGUCUUAAUGGCUUUUGAGUUCUGAAUCCCAGAACACAAGUUGCAAGAUAAAUUCUGUACUAUCAAAUGCCAUGUCAGCCUUCUGCCAAACUCCAGAAAGGUGUGUGAUUACCACUGUAUCUUUUAAUUUGACAGGAGUAUAUAGUUGAAAGCAGAAGUUGAUUUGAGACCAGAGAAUUAUGUUUUCCAAAUUGCAUUUUCUCCAACUUUCCCCCUGCCCGCACCCAGCCCCUCAUUGCCAUAGACUGGUUAGGGACACUGGGCUCUUAGCAAGCCGCAGUAGAAAUUAAGACAUUUUGUGUAAAUACACCACAAGAGUUUACAGCUUUUUUACAUGUAUUUUGUUGUAAUUGUUUUACCACUAGUUAGUUCCAAUAUAAGCACCAGCAGUUUUAAUACCAGGUAAAGCACCUUUAUUGUUUAAAAAUAAUAUAUUUGUGCAACACAUAGAUUAUACAUAACACUGGAAUGAAUUGCAUUCUUCAAAAUACAGGUGCUCUGAUUGCCUAUAUAUACUUAAUAGUUGUCUGUUCUUUUGCAAUUUGAGCAGAUCUACAUUUUAACUUUUAUUUAUUUCUCAUUUUUUUGUAUUCACAUUGAACCAAAAUUAACCUUAUUUCACUUUCCUAGCCUAUUAUAAAAAGGGGUAUUUUGUGUAUUUAGAAAAUGUGCAGAUAAUUUUCAAUGGCUUCUCUCUCUUUAACUGGACCAACUACAAUUAACAGAUGUUCAGUACCUUUUUUUUACUGUAUUACUUCAAUAAAUGUAAAAUAUUUGUA